GUGACGUAUUGUCAAGUAUGGUGACCCAUACUCGAAAUGGUGCUCUGCAUUUAACCCAUCCAAGUGCACACACACAGCAGUGAGUAGUGAACAAGUGCACACACACACACACACACACACACAGUGAACACACACCCGGAGCAGUGGGCAGCCUUACUCCAGCACCCGGGGAGCAAUUAGGGGUUCGGUGCCUUGCUCAAGGGCACCUUAGUCAUGGUAUCGAAGGUGGAGAGAGUGCUGUUCAUUCACAAUCCCCACCUUCAAUUCCUGCCGGUGCGAGAAUCGAAUCAGCAACCUUCAGGUUACAAGCCCGACUCCCUAACCAUUAGGCCAUGACUACCCCUGAAUAGAAUCACUCACUUGAAUAUAAUCACUCAAUUGUCAUUUAUUACAGUCCCUCACAUAAAAACAGCUUGAGAUUAGACACGUGAUAUAUAAAUAACUGCUAAUGUUUUUUUGUUUUUUGUUUUUUUUUAAAUAAAUAUUUUAUAAAUCCAUAUAUAAGCCAUGUGUUGCUUUGGUUGUGCUAGCAGUCCAUUAGCACCAGUUCAGUGUCUGUAUGAGGCUGACAUCUAGUGGACAUUUCUAUUAUCCGGGAAUUUACAGACACGCCUGUUGUUCCCGUCUCUCAGACACAGAACCAGGAAGAAUCAGAGAAACCGAAACUUAAGUGCUGUUGUCCUGUUGCAACUUUAUAUCAGCCUCACAUGCAGGAAAAUGGCAGAAGCCCGUAUUUCAGUGGAGCAGUUCUUGUGUCCGGUGUGUCUGGAUCUCCUGAAGGACCCAGUGACCAUCCAGUGUGGACACAGUUACUGUAAGAGCUGUAUUACAGACUGCUGGGAUCAGGAGGAUGAGAAGAGAGUCUACAGCUGCCCUCAGUGCAGACAGACCUUCAGUCCAAGACCUGCUUUAUUUAAGAACGUGGUGUUUGCUGAAAUGCUGGAGAAACUGAAGAAGACUAAACUUCAAAGUGUGGUUCCUGCUGGAGCUGGAGAUGUUCAGUGUGACGUCUGCACUGGAAGAAAACACAAAGCUGUCAAGUCCUGUCUGGUGUGUCUGAACUCUUACUGUCAGAAUCACCUCGAACAACAUGAGAGUUGGUUUAAAGGAAAGGGACACAAUCUGACUGAAGCCACUGGACGACUGCAGGAGAUGAUCUGCCAGAAACAUGAGAAGCUCCUCGAGGUUUUCUGUCGCACUGAUCAGAAAUGUAUAUGUGUGCUGUGUAUGGAUGAACAUCAAAACCACGACACUGUAUCAGCUGCAGCACAGAGGACAGAGAAACAGAAGCAGCUGAAGGAGACGCAGAAGACGUUCCAGCAGAGAAUCCAGCAGAGAGAGAAAGAUCUCCAGCAGCUGAGAGAGGCUGUGGUGUCUCAUAAGCGCUCUGCACAGACAGCAGUGGAGGACAGUGAGAGGAUCUUUACUGAGCUCAUCCGCUCCAUCGAGAGAAGCCGCUCUGAGCUGAUACGGCUGAUCAGAGAUCAGGAAAAGCAAGCAGUGAGUCGAGCUGAAGGACGACUGGAGCGACUGGAGCAGGAGAUCAAUGAUCUGAGGAGGAGAGAUGCUGAGCUGGAGCAGCUUUCACACACACAGGAUCACAUCCAGUUCCUGCAGAGUUCCCAGUCUCUCUCAGCUCCUCCUGAAUCUACAGACGUAAAUGAUGAUCUCUUCAGUUCUCUCGUCUCUUCUGAUGAUCUGAGAGAAUCUGUUCAUCAGCUGAGAGACAAACUGGAGGAUUUCUGCAAAGAGGAGCUCAGGAAGAUCUCAGACAGAGAAACAUUCACCAACAUUGUUCCCAGGACCAGGAACCACUUCCUACAAUAUUCCCAUCAGCUCACUCUGGAUCCAAACACAGUGAAUAAACUCCUCCGUCUGUCUGAGAGAAACAGAGUGAUUACAUUCACUUUCACAGAUCAGCCGUAUCCUCAUCAUCCAGACAGAUUUGAUGUGUAUGAGCAGGUGUUGUGUAGAGAGAGUGUGUGUGGACGCUGUUACUGGGAGCUGGAGUGGAGUGCUGGUGAAAAUGGUUUUGUGUCUAUAUCAGUGUCAUAUAAGAGCAUCAGAAGGAAGGGAUCAGGUGAUGAGUGUAUGUUUGGAUCUAAUGAUCAGUCCUGGAGUUUGCGCUGCUCUUCCUCCAGAUACUCGUUCAUACACAAUAAGAGAGUGACUGAUCUCUCUGUGAAGCCCAUCAUCAGUAGAAUAGGAGUGUUUGUGGAUCACGGAGCAGGAACUCUGUCCUUCUACAGCGUCUCUGACACAAUGAGCCUCAUCCACACAGUCCAGACCACAUUCACUCAGCCGCUCUAUCCUGGGUUUUGGGUUUUUUAUGAAUCAUCAGUGAAACUGUGUUGAUGAAUCAGAAUAGACUGAUGAGAGAUUCUACCCAUAAUGCUUUGAGUUGCAUGAUAUUUUAAUAUAAGUGUACAUUUAAAUUUUUCUGUGAUCAAAGCUGACUUUACUAAUCCAAUCUUCAGUAUCACAUGAUUUGCUGUUUAAUUAUUUUCAUUAUUAUUUGUGCUCAGUUAUUAAUAAUGCUUCUUAUUAUUAUCAAUACUGAAAACUGUUUUUGUUUCCUAAUAUUUUUGUGUAAACUGUGACACUAACUUUUUAGGAUUAUUUGUUGAAUACAAAGUUAAAGAACAGCAUUAUAUAUAUAUAUAUAUAUAUAUAUAUAUAUAUAUAUACAGUAUAUACAUAAUUUGUAAUAAGUAUAUAUUUACUGUAACUUAAAUCAAUUGAAUGCAACCUUUUUGAAUAAAAGUAUUGUUUUUUUUUUUUUAAACUUACUCCAGACUGAAUGGUUUUGUAUCACAUUUUCCUCAAUAAUAUGAAGCAGGACAACUGUUUUCAACAUUGAUAAUAAUAAUAAAUGUUUCUUGAGCAACAAGUCUCGAGUAAUUAUGCUGAAAUUUCAGCUUUGAUCACAGCAAUAACAUUGUUUUACCAUAUAUUUGCAUACAAAACAGCUAUUCUAAAUUGUAACUUUAUAUAUUUGGAAAAAAAAGGAUUGAAGUUUGCACACUGAAAAGUAGCUGUUCAGGAUUAAUUUAUUAUUAGCAACGUUUCGACCCACAGGUCUUCAUCAGGCACAUUACCAAAUGUAAGAAAAGUCAACUUUAAAUAGAGUCAGGUUAAUCACCUUAAUUAGGCCCAUACACAAAAGACAUGUGACAAGUAAUACAAAUCAUGUGACACAAGAGGAAAAAAAUAAAAAUAAAUCCUGAACAGCUACUUUUCAGUGUGCGAACUUCAAUCCCUUUUUUUUUCCCGUUUAAAUUGUUCUGCACUUAGUUGUUCUGCACCUGAUCCCGAUCUGGGUAUUUGGGAUGUGCACACCUGUUUGAUAAUUUUGAAACUUUAUAUAUUUCACAUAUUAAAGUUUACUGUAUUUUUGUCCUCAAAUAUUUUCAUCAUAAAAAAAAAAAAAGCAAUUGAAAGGCACAAUAAACACAGCCCACAUUCUGCACUACAUUCCAAGUCUUCUGGAGCAGAGCGUUGUUAUUUGGCAGGCAUUUAACUAGUGAUAUUAAACUGUCCCUCUAUAUGUAAAAGAGAUGUUUAAAAUAUUAUUUAAAAAUUGUCAUAUACACCAGGAAAGACAAAUUAUAAUGUAAAGAAGUAUGAUGGUCAUUCAUUAAUGUUAAUGACAGUAAUGAUAAUAGAACACAUUUUGAUUUCUGUAUUGUGUUAUAUUUGUAUGUUAGUAAGUGGUGUUAAAAGCAGAUCUACUGAGCGGGUGGGUUUAUGGUGUGACGGGCCGCUCUGUGCCAAAAAGUCCAGGGCCACUUUUUAGCCCCAGUCCACCCCUGCUGAGAUGUUAUAGAGUCUCUUAUUGUUUUUUUCAUUACAUUAAUACUGCAGCUGAACUUCUGUCAGGGAAAUAUCAUCAGAAUAAAUGUGUGUGUAAUAAAUCCUCAUAUAGACAGUAGGAUCAGUGUGUGUGUGUGUGUGUGUGUGUGUGUGUGAGAGUCCUGCUCACACCAGUGACCAUGUGUU